GAGCAACAUGGAGAAGCUGACGUUCUACGCGCUCUCGGCUCCGGAGAAACUCGAUCGCAUCGGAGCCUACCUGUCCGAGCGGCUGAUCCGCGACGUCGGCCGCCACCGAUACGGCUCGGUGUGCGUGGCCAUGGAGGCGCUGGACCAGCUGCUGCUGGCCUGCCACUGCCAGAGCAUCAACCUCUUCGUCCAGAGCUUCCUCACCAUGGUGGCCAAACUCCUGGAGUCGGAAAAGCCCGACCUCCAAAUCCUGGGAACCAACUCCGUGA